AUCGGUCUUGGAGAGGAGAUGGGUGCCGUCAAGACCUAUCAAACCCAGUGUAAUGCUAUGAUGAGAACAAUAUCAGUAAACGCCAUGCCGGAUCGGUCGGGGCCCGGUUUAACAACGACCGUGCUUUCUGCUGCCGUGUCACAGGGCAGAAGUGAUAAGUUAGCUACUGAGACACAUCGACUAAUAAAACUCCCAAAUGCUGACACAGUCAUAGGAACAUGGAAUGUUCGAACGCUUUAUGCCUGUGGGAAAGUAAAAGAACUGACCCAUGAACUCAGUAAAUACCGAUGGGACAUCCUAGGCUUAUCAGAAGUUAGGUGGACAGGCUCGGGAGUAACAACUACAGAAGAGGGUCAUAAGAUAUGGUACAGUGGGGACGAAGAGAAACACCAACAUGGUGUGGGUUUCAUCGUAAACAAAAAACAAGUUAACUCUGUAAUAAGCUGUAGACCCGUAAACAAUAGAAUCAUUUCUCUACGAGUUAGGGCUCAACCACUUAACAUAACAAUAAUACAAGUUUAUGCGCCUACAUCUGAAUACCAGGACGAGGAAGUAGAAUGCUUCUAUGAUGAACUAGAGGAGUGUAUUAAUGAGGCUCCGAAAAAAGACAUUCUUAUUGUCAUGGGUGACUGGAAUGCUAAGGUAGGUGAAGAUGCAUACGACCAAUGGGCAGGCACAGCUGGACGUUUUGGAUUAGGUGAAACCAAUGAGAGAGGAAUAAGACUGCUGGAAUUUGCAAGCAGCCACAAGCUCACACUGGCCAACACUCUAUUCCCUCAUAAGACAUCAAGGAAAACAACAUGGCACUCACCUGACAACAAAACACAUAGCCAGAUAGACUACAUUCUGUUCCCAGCAAGAUUCAAGUCAAGCAUUAACAAGGCUAAAACCAGAACUUUUCCUGGAGCAGACAUAAGCAGCGAUCACGACAUGGUUUUAAUGACUAUAAAAUUAAAACUAAAACAGAACCGCAGACAAAUAAGCCCUCGAAUCAGAUAUGACCUAGAGAAACUUAGGGACCCAAACAUAGCAGAAAUGUUUAAGGCAAAUGUAGGGGGCAAGUUCGCUGCACUUACCUUGAUUCACGACAAUAUCGAUUCACUCACUGAAACUAUUAAAACAGUGCUGCAUGAAUCAGCAACAGAAGUUCUGGGUAACAAAAGAAAGAAAAUCAAACCAUGGGUCACAGACGAUAUUUUAAACCUGUGUGAUACAAGAAGAGAACUAAAAAAGAAGAAAGGACUUAAUUCCCAGUACAGGGAAGAGUAUAGAACAGUAGACAAAGAAAUACGCUCCAAAAUGAAGAGGGCUGGAUUACUGAACAAUGUAAUAUCAUCGAUAAUAGCUUAAGGGGAGGCAACAAUAAAAAAGCAUUCGAAACACUGAGUAAGCUGACCAAUACGAAACUAAAUAGAGCAACCGUAAUUGAGGAUGGUAAAGGCACCCUCUUAACAGAAGAAGCAGAUAUCCUUAGAAGGUGGACAGAAUACUGUAAGGGACUCUACAAUCAUAAAAUAAGCCCUAAUUAUAGCCUAAUAAACAAUUCAUGCUGGGACAAUAGGGAGAUCGGUGAUUUACCCAUACUAGAGUCAGAAGUAGAGGAAGCAAUAAAAUCACUUAAGGGAGAUAAAUCACCAGGAAUUGACAACAUACCGGCAGAACUAAUUAAACAUGGUGGACCACAAACAGUUAAAUGGCUGAAAGCAGCCUGUCAAAAAAUCUGACAAGAAAAAGAAUGGCCUAAAGAAUGGACUCAGUCACUAAUCAUUCCAAUAUUUAAGAAAGGGGACGCAAAGCAGUGCGAGAACUACAGAACAAUAAGUUUAAUCAGCCACCCAAGUAAAGUCAUGCUGAAAGUAAUAUUGAACAGACUCAAAAAGAAAGUAGAGGAAAUACUCUCAGAAGAACAGGCCGGGCAGAAGCACUGCUGAACAAAUUUUUAACAUAAGGGUACUAAACGAAAAAUGUCUACAACACCAAAAAAUGCUAGUACACAACUUUAUCGAUUUUAAGAAGGCCUUUGACCAUGUGUGGCACGAAGGUUUAUGGUAAGUCAUGAAUAACUACAAUAUAGAUAAAAACAUAAUUGAGGUUAUUAAGUCUUUAUAUAACAAAUCUAGUAGUGCAGUAUCUCUAAAUAAUCAAACUGGCGAGUUCUUCAGAACAACUAUAGGAGUACGCCAAGGGUGCAUUCUCUCACCAGUCCUCUUUAACUUAUUCCUCGAACAUAUUAUGACACAAACCCUACAUGACUUUACACCGACACUUAGCAUAAACGGAAGAUCAAUUUCCAACCUCAGAUUUGCUGAUGAUAUAGCCCUCAUUGGGGAAAACAUUGAUCAAGUUCAGGACCUCACCUCAAGACUUGAUGUUGCAACCA